ACUUCCUGCGCAGCGCAAAGCGGGACUCUGAUUCAGACAGGCACAAUCAUAAAGUGGAUUUCCAGUCGCUGCUCGUCGAUCCUCCAACAUGUCCUCUCGGGUGGACACGGAUCUCUCACCGGACCUCGCGUGUCUCGAUAAUGUCGACGACCUGCUCCGCUGUCCCGUAUGCUUGGAUUUCCUCAACAUUUCAAUGAUGACUAAAUGUUCUCACAACUUUUGCUCGUUGUGCAUCAGAAAAUACCUUUGCUUUAAGCCGCAGUGUCCGGUUUGCUAUCAACAAGCGAGAGAACAAGAUUUACGCAACAACCGCAUAUUGGAUGAACUGGUCGUAACUUUUCAAGCUGCAAGGCAACAGUUGUCAAAACCCAAUCUUGACUCUCCUCCAAUCACGCCAAAGACCCCGGCUUCAGCUGUCAAAUGCAAGACAGCCAGGGAGAGAGGCCAGAAGUCCAACAGUGGCAAUAUUAGUCAAUUUCUCCUAAAGUGGCCCAAAACAUCGGCCGCAACAGAAGAUAAAGGAGAUGCUUCCACCUCUCUGUGUGUCGAACGGGGGAAGAGGAAGACCUCCGGCCCAUUCACCAACCUACGCUCCGCUACUGCUCCAGUUCCAGUGUCUGUGAAGGAAGAGCCGAUGGACAUGGAGGAGGCGUCUGUCCACGUUCUGGUGUCGGUCAAACAGGAGGACACAUCCUCGCACAGUGUCAGCACCGGGGUUGAGAUGCCACAUUCCUCGUCACCGUCAAACGAUGCAAAGCCCGUAAUUAAAGUGGACUGCCCUGUUUGUUCGGUCGGCGUGUCCCAGCAGUUUAUCAACAAGCAUCUGGACACGUGUCUUAGCAGUGGAGAGAAGAAGGAAAGCUUGAGGAGCUCUCCCGGCACUGUGAGGCGUCCAAUGACCAAGCUGGUCUACAACCUACUCUCCAUGCACGAGCUGAAGAGGAGGCUGAAGGAGACAUACCUCUCCGUGAAGGGUUCUCGAGACCAGCUGAUCAAACGACACAAGGACUUCGUCCACAUGUACAACGCUGAGUGUGAUUCCCUGAGCCCCAAAUCCGCUGAAGACAUUGCCAAAGAGGUGGAGGCCAACGAGAAGAUCAGGAUCCAACUGAAUGGAAAAACCAAACCUGUCAUGGUUUUCACAAAGAAUCACACUGAGAAGGACAUUGAUGAUAUGCAUUCGACUUACAGGAAGCAGCACAGCACCGACUUUUCCCGCCUCAUUGCCCAGGUUCGUGGUCACCUAGAAACCAUGAGGCCGACUCACAUGAAACAGGAAGUCAUUGCGGAUGCAGAGGAUGAGGAAAAGACGCUCUCUCCAGAUCAAGAUGAGGGAUCAAGGAGCAGCUUAGUGGUGAAGGCAGAAGACGGAGGCGGUGACGAGGAGUCAUCGGCAGGAGGGAUUGAGUCGCCACCCAGCCCCACUGACAGUGAUGUGUCCGUCAGCAGCUCUAUUUCUGACAUCUUUGGCCCGGAGCCUGACACAAACCAUGAAGCUGCAGGGUGCACUUCACUCCAAAAGCGAAAGUCCAGCGCCACAGGAAACGAUGCAGCUACGUCGCCCCUUCUGGGAAAACGGCGGCGGAAGAAGUGAGAAGGGAUGAAGGAAGAAGUGGAGGAGAAACCUAUCUAAUCGUUAUCACUACAAAUAUACCUUUGACUGACUGAAUGAUAUCGCUAAAUCUUUUUUUGUGGAUUCCUCAUAUGCAUUUCUUGGUUUGGUGAAUUGCACUUUUCAAUUGUAUUAUGGGAUGAAUAAAUGCAGUAUUUUAAUA